AUGGCGCUCCUCUCGCCAGUAGUGCUACUCGCGCUUCCAGCAUUUGUGAUCUACUACAUCGUCUCAACUUUCCACGCCCGUCGCCGCCUUCUUCUCUUCGCCAAGGCAAACAGCGCGACCUUUCCCAAGCAUUUUCCCUCAAUAUUACCAUUUGGAAUCGACUAUGUCUGGCGCGCCCUCAAAGUGGUGCAGAGUGGCGGCGACAUCCUCGACGAUGUCAUUGCCCAAAAGUUCAAGAAAUGCGGCGACACCUUCAGCACUACGGGCCUCUUCGGCCCAGCCGAGGUCAACACCAUCGACCCAGUCAAUAUCCAAGCCAUCCUCGCGACAAAGUUCCGUGACUUUGAGCUCGGUCCGCGCAGAAUCGCGCAGUUUAAGCCGCUGGAGGGUAAUAACAUCUUCACCCACGACGGCCCCUUCUGGGAACACUCAAGAUCGCUAUUCCGAUCGCAGUUCUCGCGGGAAAACAUCAACGACCUCGAAGGCACGGAACGUGCCAUGCAAGCUCUGUUCCGGGCCCUGCCACUCGUUGGUCAGAAGACGGACGACGGCUCCCUGUCUGUUGAUAUCAUGCCCUUGAUCUUCCGCUUCACGCUCGACACGGCAACCGGCUUUCUCUUUGGCGAAACGGUCGACUCACAAACGGCCGCUGCUCUGGGCAAGAUGUCGACAUCAACAAGUGCGGUGACGGCUAUGGCGGCUGACCAGGCAGGAAGCGACAUGUCCUUCGCGUCUGCCUUCCACGAGGCGCAAAUGUACAUCGCUAUGCGCGCCCGGCUGCAGGGGCUGUACUUUUUAGCACCUAGCAGCGUGGGCAAUAAGUCCAUUGACUACAUCCGUCGAUACGUUGAUCAUUAUGUCCAGCUGGCUCUCAAGCGCGCAAAGCCGUCGACGGACAAGUUUAUCUUACUGGAUACCCUCGUAGAGAAAACGCGGGACCGAGGGGAGCUGCGGGACCAGAUCCUAGGAAUACUUCUGGCGGGUCGGGAUACCACGGCAUCUCUACUCUCAUGGGUGCUGCUGAUGCUUGCGCGGCACCCGGCUGUGUUUGAGAAGCUUCGGGAAGAGGUGGUGGCGGAGUUUGGGGAGUACUCUGAGAAGCCUGAGGGUAUUGACUUUGCGACGCUCAAGUCUUCACAAUAUCUUCAAUUUGUAAUGCGGGAAACGUUAAGAGUGUACAAUGUCGCGCCGCUUAACAGCCGGUAUGCGGUACGGGAUACGGUCUUGCCAAGAGGCGGCGGAGCUGAUGGGUCAUCGCCCAUCGUGAUCAAAAAGGGACAGACCGUCACCUUUGUGCCGUAUCUGCUGCAUCGACGCUCAGAUAUUUGGGCUGAUGCGAUGGAGUUCAAGCCAGAGCGGUGGGAGGGUGUUCGACUGGAUUGGAACUACAUUCCGUUUAGUGGUGGUCCGAGGAUUUGCUUGGGACAGUCUGCAUAUUUCUUGGUUAGACUCAUCCAAAGGUUCAAGAGCAUGGAAUGGAUUGGACCGCCAGGCGAGCCGAGAAAAGACAUCCACUUUACCAUGGCUCCGAGAGAUGGAGUCAGUGUGAAGCUCCAGUAUGCUGAGUUAUAG